CCGUUCUUCUCAGCAGAUGAUAGGGUUUUAGAGCUCGAAAACCGGUGCCGUCGUCAACAACCGUACGCCGACAUCAACUUUGCCAGGCGGAGCUUCUAUGACAUUCGCCGGCCAUUGAACACUAGAGAGAUGGGCGGCGCCACCAGGCUAUUCACUCUCCUCACCUCCACGACCUCUUCCUCCCCGCUUCUCCUCCCACACCACCGCCAAUGCCCGGCUCUUCUCCGCCUUGCCUGCCGCCACCGCCGCCGUCAGCUCUCCUUCUCUUCCAUCCCUCACCGCAUCCGCUGCAGUCACAACCUUCAAUCCUCGACUCCGUCUCUUCCUCCCUCCUUCCGAACUAAAUCCUCGCGCCAAUUUUACGCCCAGGCCACCUUUGCCGGUCAAUCGUCCAAUUCAUCACAUCAGCCGCCUCCGGUCUUCCAUCAGUGGCCGGAAUGGUCCAAUUUCCUCCAAAAUAUCUCUGCUUUGGGGUAUUUUAAUCGCCAGGUGAUUGACUCGGAAAUUGAAGAGUUCGUGGACCCGACGAAUUUGCCUGAUGAGUUCGUGAGAACUACCAUUGCUUGCUUGGCUUUCGGUCGUGACAGGCCUGAGAUUUUGGGGCUGCUGUCCAGAAGAGAUAUUGCGACAGUAAUUACCAAUGGCAUGCCUCUUUUGCUGUUCAAAAAUGGUGAGGAGCUGGUCAGAAGAAUGCAGCUGUUUCUGGAUGGACAGAGCAGAAACGUGCCUAGCGCGGAUAGAGCGCAGACAGUUGAUUUGAUGAAGAUCUUAGUGACUUAUGCUGGCAAUGUUAUGCCUUUUGGGAACAUGAACGUAGAUAGCAAGCAAGAGGUUGAGUUAUCUGUUCGUAACAUAUUGGGUCAGUUGUCCCAGUUCAGCUAUAACAGCAUUCCUAGUUUUCAACCAUCUCCAGCUGUGAGAAAUCAGUUCUUAGAGAGAAAUGUUCCAGGACCAAGUCCGGUUGGACCAAAUGUUGAGAUGAAGAAAGGUGACUGGAUUUGUUCAAGGUGUAAUUUUAUGAACUUUGCAAGGAACAUCAAGUGUCUUGAUUGUGAAGAAGCACGCCCGAAGAGACAGCUUACUGGGGGAGAGUGGGAGUGUCCUGAAUGUGAUUACUUCAAUUAUGGGAGGAAUAUGGUAUGCAUAAGGUGUGACUGCAAGCGCCCCGGAGAAGUAUCACUAAGGACCAUGGGUUCUGGACCAGGUCUCGAGUCUGGAUAUGGAACCCAAUCAAAUGGUGGUGAUAUUGAUAACCGUUUGGCUGCCAAUGAAGAGAAGGCACAGCGGUGGUUUAGUAAGAUGUCUCAGAUGGACAAUAGUUCAGACAUCAACAGUGCUAUACCGGAUGAAGAUUUCCCUGAAAUCAUGCCCUUGAGAAAAGGAGGCAAUAUGUUUAAUGUAAGCACAAGGAAGACUCCUCUUGAGAGAAGGCUGAGCAAUGCUCAAAACCAAAAAGCCUCGGGGAAUGAUAGCAACAGGCUUCAACCUACAGGUAUAAGCUCCUAAUCCCUGACUGAAAUUACAGAUGUGUUUGUUUCACUUUCUCUAAAAGAUAAGUACAUUUUCAAGCGUGCCACUUCAGAUAAUUCCUAAUCUCAUGCGCUUCUACCAUCUCUUCAGAUAACUUUAGGCCUCCUGCUUCAAGCACUGGUGAGCAGAGUGUGUUCGAGGACAAACAAGGUGAUAAUUCUGAUAGCUGGUUCAAGAAAGUUGCAGAGCUACAUAAUGUGGCAGACGUGGAUAGUGCGUUGGCAGAUGAUGAUUUCCCUGACAUCAUGCCAAUGCGCAAGGGCGAAAACAGAUUUGUAGUUCCGAUGAAGAAAGAUCGGUCUCUCACUUCUCCCCUGUACAAGAGACGCGCUGCCAUGGAGCAAGCAAACGAUACAAAUUAUGUACCUUUCGUGCCCUUCCCUCCCAACUACUUUGCCAAGAAGGUUGAUCAACAACAGCAAAGCGGGCAGGGGUCAGAGAACAAGGCAAUUGAAACUCCCAAUUCUUCCACACCAGAGAGUUCGGCUAGCUAUCCCGGACCUGGAUUUUCGGAUGCAGCAAGGGUUCCUGGUUUAAUGGGCGCACAGCAACCAUCAACGCUAACCCCGCCAGAUCAGAAUUUGACUUCGGCCGGAAGCAGAAGUCAACCAUCUGGUUGGAAUCCGGAGAAUCAAGGCGGCAACCCCAAAACUGGAGUUUCGAAUUCAGCCUCGGUUCAUGGUUUUGAAAAUCAACCGAAUUUUGUUGGUGCACAGCAAAGUUCAACACAAAUCCCGCCAAAUAUGAAUCUGUCGGGAAACAGAGGUCAACCAACACGUUGGACACCGGAGAGUUCGGGUAGCAACCCUAGACCUGGAGCUUCGAAUGCAGCCUCAACUCAUGGUUCGGAGAAUCAACCAAAUUCGAUGCGUGCCCAGCAAAAUUCAGUACGACAUAUGUCAAAACCCAGUUCGAACGUGGCGGGAAGCAUUAGUGAACCAUCUGGGUGGAGUGGGAAGAGCUUGGAAGGUUCGGCGGUGAAGGCAGACCCCGAUCCUUUGGAUAUGUCGGAGGAGGCUAAAGCGGAGAGGUGGUUCAAACGGGUGGCUCAAAUCAAGGACAUAUCGGAGCUAAGCCAGAUUCCCGAUGAAGAUUUCCCGUCGAUAAUGCCGAUGCGGAAAGGCGUGAACCGAUUCGUUGUGAGCAAAAGGAAGACGCCGCUGGAGAGAAGGUUGACAUCUACCCAGUACAGACGGAACCUUCCGAUUGUUAGCUCCGAUCAGCCGCCUAGAAACGAAGGCGGCGAUGAUUCUCAGUAGAAAAACGGAAGCCAAAACAUUGUAGAGAAAAUCAUCGCCCACUUCUUGUAUUGUUGUGUAACAUUGUUCUUGGAUUCCUUUUACGGUAAAGAAGUUGAUCCUUCAUUAUUGUUUUUUGUUGUUACUUGCCCUGGCGGCUGAAUAAUCAUGGAUACCACAAGUGACGUGGCCUCAUAAUCAUCGCAGGUUUGACAAACUUCGAGAAAGUCCAUCCUCGUUAACCGUCGCCUGUGAUUUUGUUCCUCUAUUUUCUGGUCCAAUUGAAAACCAUUCUCUAGCUUUUACCCGAUCCAUGUCUCUGCAGAGCAAUGUGUGGGCUAUUGCAGGGAAAUGGGUUUCAACCAUCGCUGGAGCUCUCCACUCUGUGCUCACCGUCGUCGUCUUCCUGCUUCUAGACCUUCUCGACACUGUUUUCUGCUUAAUUUACAGGUUCAUCGACGAGUAUCUCGAAGGGAAAAGGAAAAAGCCAUGCUAUUGUGAAAAGCGAGACGGGAAUGGCGGAACUACAGGCGAGAUUCAGCUCUCAGAGACGAUGUGGGGCAGAAGAAAUGUGUUUAGGCUGAUGGGUGCUCGUCUUCCGUCCAAAAGACUCAAACUUCAGCCGGUGGAUUGCAAGAAGUCGAGUGACGACUGCGGCACCACUGCCGGAAGAUGGUCGGAUUGUCGGUGCGAGUCGUGUGUUUCUUGGACGAAGAACGGUGAUGGCCGGAAAUUGCAUGUGGUGGUUAGAGAGCCGUCCUCGUCAGCGGCUGGCUCUGGAGAAUCGAUUGAGAAUGUGAUAUUUGUACAUGGGUUCCUCGCUUCAUCCUCCUACUGGACUGAAACUGUAUUCCCCAAUCUCUCCAAAAAUCAGAACUACAGAAUGUUUGCAAUCGACCUUUUAGGUUUCGGUGAAAGUCCCAAGCCGAUGGAUUGUCUCUACACACUGCAAGACCACUUGGAGACAAUUGAAGACUCAGUUGUGAAGCCAUUUCAAGUCAAGUCCUUCCACAUCGUCGCCCAUUCAAUGGGCUGCAUUAUAGCCUUGGCCCUCGCGGCUAAGUACUCUGGAUAUGUGAAAUCCAUAACCCUCGUAGCGCCGCCUUACUUAGCGAGAUCGGAAGAAGAAGAGUCAAGUUUGAGAGCACUUGAGAAGAUCGCGAAGAAGAGACUCUGGCCACCGCUGAUGUUUGGGGCGGCAUUGAUGUCGUGGUACGAGCACUUGGGCCGCUGCGUCUGCUUCCUGGUUUGCAGACACCAUAGAGCGUGGGAGAAGUUGCUGAUGCUGCUCACUCGAAGCAGGAACGUACAUUUCAUGCUGCGAGACUUGACGAGGCACACCCAUCAUUCGGCGUGGCACACGAUGCACAAUGUGAUCUGUGGCGGGGCUAGAUGUAUGGAUGAGUUCUUGGAGAUGGUGUCGAGAUCCGGAGCGGAGGUGUUUGUGGUUCAUGGCGAUCAGGACCCUGUUGUUCCAUUGGAGUGCAGCGUAAAUAUGAAGAGGAAGUUUUGGGACAAUGAUAAGCAACUGACGUUAGAUGUUGUGUGGAAUGCUGAUCAUACCUCUGUGAUUAUGGGGAGGGAGAAAGAGUUUACUCGAAGAUUAGAGCAAAUCUGGAAGGAGUCUUCUGGUUCCUGCCCUCCUGAUUCCCUGCAACUGUAAUAAUAUUGGUCAAUUGUUUGUUGAUGGACCAUUGGCUAUAUAUAAGUUCAUAGAGGAUGCAUUUUCCCAGCAUGUCAGCAAUCUGAAUUGGGAUAAAUAUGCAGGCAGGCUCAUUGUAAGCACAGGUUGGUACCGUCUCAUCAUAAUUUUAGGGAUCUGGGUUGCCUGCAGUAGCAAAAUUAGGGAUCUGGGUGUGUCAGUCUGCAUUAAUAGAAGUCAUUGAGCAUAGCCUAACCAGGGAAUAUUGCAUAAGCAGUUUUGGCCAAGUGAAACACUGAAACUUGUAACGACGCCAAGUGACAAUGAUUAAUCUUCAAAUUAUUAGCUCUGAAAGGAAAGGAAUA